GUCGUUCCACAUAGCCGACAACAUGAAGGUUCUCUUGCUGACAGUUCUGGUCCUGCUGGUCUGCACCACACAGGUGUUCACACUCCAGUGCUACACCUGCGCAGACACAAAUGACAAAAUCUGUAAGACAGUGACUACCUGCGCUCCUUCAGAAAUAAACUGUAAAACCACCGUCCAAGACAACGUCKUUUCUCGAUCCUGUGAGGAAUUUUGUACGGAAGACUAUUUCACGACCUGCUGUAAAGAGGACCUCUGCUAGACCCGAAGCAUGGCUUCCACUCACUCUCCAAACCAUCCAAUGAAGAAAUUAAUUAAUAAUAUUUACUCGUGCAAUGUGAUUGUAUAAAAAUAUGGUCUCAUGUGAUUAAUCUGUCACUGAUUUUGCUUCUAAUAAAACGAUGUAGACAAAAA